GUAUAGCAAAUGUCAAAACAAGCUGAAACUCAAUGAUUUCAUUGUUUUGUAUAAUUUUAAAAUAUUUGAAUAAAUUUUUGCUAACAGGGUAGAAAAUAUUUUAAAACAACAAUAAUAAAGUAAACUUCGUGAAUUCAUCUUUAAAAUGUGAUUGUCACUAAUUUAAUUAAACAAAGAUAUAUAACACGUCAGUUUCUUCAUAACUUAUUUAAGUAUAUACAAAUAUGGGAAACCAGCUCGUGGGUGUCGCUCCUUCUCAAAUAUUCCCCGUGGAACACUACCUGAGCGACCAUGUAGACUUGACUUUUGAUCAGAGCCUUGGCUCAACGAGGUUCUUCAAAGUAGCCCGAGCUCGUACCCGUGAAGGUCUGGUUGUGGUGAAGGUAUUUGCUGUGCAUGAUCCGUCCCUACCUCUUGCAGAACACAAAGAACGAAUUCUGAAAAUCAAAGAGCAACUGGCUUCGGCAUUCAAUUGUCUGCCAUUUCAGAGAGUUAUACUUACCGAUAAGGCUGGACUACUUAUUAGGGAGUACCUUAAGUGUAGCGUCUACGACCGGAUGUCAACGCGUCCUUUUCUCACGGUGUUGGAAAAGAAGUGGAUAACAUUCCAAGUACUAUAUGCUUUGCACAGGAUGCACAAGCUCGGAAUAUGUCAUGGUGACAUUAAGCUAGAGAAUAUAAUGGUUACAUCAUGGCUUUGGGUCCUUCUGACGGAUAUAGCUUCCUUCAAACCAACCUUUCUACCAGAUGACAACCCAGCUGAUUUUAGCUACUUCUUUGACACUUCCAGAAGAAGAUUAUGUUAUGUCGCCCCGGAGAGAUUUGUUGGGGCCCCAGACCCUAACGCCAGGCCCCCAAGCGAUGAUAGGAAUGCUGGUCUGUUGCUAAGCGAGUCUCCUUGUAAAAUUGGCGAACUAGUUCCCAGUAUGGACAUAUUCUCGGCGGGAUGCGCUCUACUAGAACUAUGGAACGAUGGCACCCCAGCGUUGGACCUGCCGGGGUUGUUGUCCUACCGUAACGGCGAGCCGAGACCCCCUACUAUGACGCUGCCGGACACGUGCGAGCCCCAACUACGAGAUCUGCUGCACUCCAUGACUGAAAGAAACCCCAAAGAUAGACGCAGCGCCGAGAUUUAUCUGGACGAGGCGAGGGGCACUUUGUUCCCCGAAUACUUCUACUCGUUCCUACAAUCCUACAUGCUGAUAUUCUCCGCCCAGCCGAUACUGCCCGCCGACGAGAAGAUAACCCGCAUCCAUCAGGACAUAAAGAACAUCAUCAGGAUCUUCACACAGACUUCCAACACCAAGAACUACCAGGACCUGGUCGAUGAGACCACCGACAACCAGAAGGUCGAGAUUGACGCUCUGAUUAAGGAAGGGUUCAGGGUUAUGAAGGUCAAUGUGACGGACUGCGAGGAGGAAGGGGAGAAGACUCAGGAGGACCGGCAGCUGGGGCCCGACAGCGAAGGGCUGAUAUUGAUUACGUCAUUGGUGACGUCAUGCAUUCGGGGCCUGCAUCAUUGCACGUCGAAGCUCUACUGCCUGGAGAUCCUGCAACUGCUCUGCGAGAACUCCACCUCGGAAGUCAUAUUGGACAGGAUAUUGCCUUUCAUUAUAUACUUGUCCCACGCGCCCGAGGCCCGCGUCCGGGCGGCGUCCAUCUGGUGCGUGUCUCGCUGCGUGUCGUGUGUCCGCGUGCUGCCGUCUUCUGACUGCAACGUGUUCCCGGAGUACAUCCUGCCGGAGCUGGCCCCCCGAGCUUCAGACCCCGCGCUGCCGGUCCGCAUCGCCUACGCCAAUAAUAUUGCUAAACUAGCUGAGACCGCUGUGAGGUUUCUGGACCAAACUCAGAACAUGGCGGACAAGGAGGCCGCCAACAUCAACUAUGAGACGGAACUGUCGGCUCUGCACGAGAUGGUGCGGUCGACUGUGUCGUACUUACUGACUGACUCCCAAGCGGUGGUCAAACGGGCGCUCGUCGAGAACGGCAUCACGAAAUUAUGCGUUUUCUUUGGAAAACAAAAAGCUAAUGACGUCAUCCUGUCUCACAUGGUGACAUUCCUUAACGAUAAGGAGGAGGUGUCACUGCGGGGCUGUUUCUUUGAGCGCGUGGUCGGCGUGGCCGCGUACGUCGGGCACCAUGCUGCCAAUAUACUACUGCCGCUGCUGCAACAGGGUCUCACGGAUCAGUCUGAAUGGAUAAUAGCGAAGGCGCUCCGCGCGACCACGAGUCUGGCGGAACUGUGGCUCCUGCCGAAGCAGUCUCUGUGUGAUUUAGUAGCAGAAAGCUCCGUCUACCUCGCGCACCCUAACCUGUGGAUCCGUCACGAGGUAUGCGGCUUGGUGUCGUGUGUUGCCAGUCUCCUGAACCCGAUAGAUGUCAAUUGUAAGAUAUUGCCGUUGGUGUGGCCACAUCUCAAACAUAAGUUGAUGCAGGUGGAUAAAGCCGAGCUGCUGCUAGAGAGUGUGGCUGAGCCCAUACCGCGGAAGGUACUGGACGCGGUGCUGAGGCACGGAGACGUGGACCGGCUGGUGGUCACCCUGAGGGAGAGGCGGGCCACCAGGAUGAAGGUGAAGCAGGGCGUGAUGCCGCAGUACUCGGAGAUGGGACAGCAGCUGAAGAACUUGUUUAGACGACUGGCGUCGGACGGAAUGACGGAACACGUUGAGAACCAGCUGCUGGCGAUGAGCACGCACCUCAUCAAGAUACAGUGUUCCUCCACACAGCACAUAACCGACGCGCCGGGGAAGCUGGUGUUGGCUGGGAAGGAUAUAUCGAAAUCAGUGCAGUUGGAGGUGGGAGGACAGGACGUGGUCGAGAAAAUGUAUGUACAGAGACGGACACACAAGACGUCUCUCAACCACGAGACACACAUGAAUACGGAGUGGCAACACAUGUUCGGACAGACGACGGAACAGAGCACUGUGAAAGUGUCCGAGAGCCAGGCGGUGUCGAGCGUGUCGGGGGCGGUGUCGACGAGUGUCCCGCCCUCACACACACACUCGCAGCUCGCACACAGCGCCACGUAUGUGCAAUAUAGCAUGGCCCCCUGCCGGAUAGAGCUGAGAAACCUUAUAACCAGGAUGCAGCAGAAGUACAACAAGUCUCUGAGAAGCCACGAGGAUCCAGUAGAGUCGGGCGAAGACCUGGCGCCUCCCUCCACCUGGAGACCUGGCAACACACUGCUGGCGUACCUUCAUGAACACAGAUCCCGUGUGAACCAGCUGGUGCGUCUGCCGGCUCACCGGUCGAUGUUCGCCUCGUGCUCAGACGACGGCACCGUGAGGCUGUGGGACGCCACCCGCCUGCAGGGACACGCAUACGUUAACAAGUCCAAGUGCGUGUACAACCGCGGUGCUGGAGCCGUGGUGUCCCUGACGGCCUGCGAGGCCGGACACUCCCUGGCCGCCGCCACCACGGACGGAUCGGUGUUCGUGUUGCGCCUGGACGCGGGCUCCCGUCUCUGCCUGUCUCAGUGCCGUCAGCUGGAGGGCGGGUCGGAGGGCGCGUGCGUGGCGGUGUCGGCCGCGGGCGGGGUCCUAGCGGGGGUCAUCUCGUACGCCACUCUGGGGGCUUGUGUCGUCGGCUGGGACCUCAGAGCCCCCGGUAACGCGUGGAAGCUGCAGGGAGAUCUCAAGCAGGGCGUGUACACAUGCCUGUACGCUAACAGCUCCGGUUACAUCGCCGUGGGCACCUCCAGCGGGGCGGUGUGUGUCUGGGACCUGAGGUUCAGUCUACCGAUCACGUCCGUCAAGCAUCCGAACUCUGAGCGUAUCCGUCGUAUCGUGGGCAGCGGUGGUCGCCGCGUGUGGGCGGUGGGCGGGCGGGACGCGGCCUCGUGGUGCCUGGAGUCCACUCAGAGGACCCACGCGCUGUGGCCCUUCACCGCCUCCCAGCAACCGUUGAACUACGAACAUGCGUCGUCCCACUACAUAUCGAGCGCGUACUGCGGCACCCGCGACGGGAGCCGGUUCGUGGUGACCGGCGGCUCCGACCAGAGGCUGAGGCUGUGGGACCUGCAGCACGCCGAGGACUCGCACGUGCUGCUGCACGCUCACAACGAGCACAUGGACGCCGUCAAGUACAGGAGUCGUAUCAUAGACGGGACGACCGUCAUACAAGAAAUUUGGAAACCGAAUCCGACCUCGACGACCCACGAAGACAAUGUGUACCGAACAGUCGAGUCACGGAGCUUCUAUCACACCGCACCGAUAACGGACAUCACGCUCGUGGAGGGGAGCAGAUGCUACCUCGUCAGUUCGUCCGCCGACGGUGUCAUCAACGUCUGGAAGUGAUUGAUAUGAUUGGCUCAUUGCAUUCGUUCCAUAUUCAAACAUGUUUUUUUAUUUCUGGUCCCGCUGUCUUGCCAGCGCUCCUUCAGCACCAUGGAGUACUCAUUCUGUGACUCAGUGUAGUUCAUUACAUAUAUUUGUAUAUAUUUUAUAUUGAACCGUGGACUCGGCUAGUUGUAGUAUUUAUUAGAUAAUAAUUAAUGUAUUACAAAAUACUCUAUUUACUUAUUGUUAGGUAUUGAAUUUUUAUUUUAUCUGCCACGAUUUUAUUUCCUGUUUCUCGUUGUCAUGUCAACGAAUUUUUUUUUAUUAUAAUGAAGAAAUUGCUCAUUGUAAAUGUUUGAUGUUUAUCAGAACAACUGUAAAUAUGUUGUUUAAUAAAAAAAAAUUUUUCUUUC